AUGAACGGCGAUACAUUUUUCGAUUGGUUUAUAACUUUUAUGCCCAUGCUACGAGAUGGGGCAGUUAUUGUAAUGGACAAUGCUCCCUACCACAGCGUUAAAGUUGAAAAAUACCCCAACAUGAGUUGGAAGAAAAACGAUAUCAUUUCAUGGCUGGUGGGUAAGGGGGAAACGGUACAGCCCCAUUAUGUAAAGGCACAAUUGUUAGAUCUCACGCGCAAAUAUAAGCUCGAAAAUAAUUAUGUUAUUGAUGAAUAUGCCAAACUACAUGGCCAUGAAGUAUUACGCCUUCCCCCUUACCAUUGUGAACUAAACCCCAUUGAGUUAGCAUGGGCAAGCGUUAAAGAUUACGUGAGAGCGCGAAAUACUACUUACAAACUAUCUGACGUCCAAACACUAUUACAUGAAGCCGAGUCGUGGCAGAAUUUUAUUCGCCAUACGAUAAAGGAGGAGGAUAGAGUACGUCAACUGGACAAUAUUACAGAUACAAUUUUGGAUGAAGGUGAGGAGUGGGAGCACCCAUCCGAAUCCGACAGCGAUAUUAACAGCGAUAUUGACAGCAACGUAUAA